CCAAAAUGUGGAUUUGCGCUCGGACGCGGGUCAGAGCAGUCCUGGCCCUCAGCCUGGUCCUGGUCAUGUGGCUGGCCCUGGGGCCCGGGACUCGGAACCGGAAGUGGUUUCCGACUCCCUCCUCUUCCCCCGAAAGCGUCGCGAAUCCUCCUUCCUUCCGCUACCUGCAGAGGCCGCCCGAUUGUCCUCCGGGCCGGCCGGUACCUCUGGUGGCGCUGGUGCACUCGGCGCCCGACCACGGGCCCCUGCGACGGCUGCUGCGAAAGAUGUGGGCCCGUACGGCCCCCCGAGUCAGACUGGUGUUCCUGCUGGGCGACGUGGAACCCGGGUCGAUGCGGACGGCGCUGGAAGAGGAGGCUCGCCGACACCGCGACGUGGUGCGAGGAGACUUCGUCGACUCCUACCGUAACCUGACCUAUAAGCACCUGAUGGGCCUGACCUGGGCCUCGGAACGCUGCUCGGAGGCCCGCCUUCUGCUCAAGAUGGACGACGACAUAUUCGUCCACUACUUCCGGCUGAAGAGCGUCAUCGAGCGACUUCCUCAAGACGACCACCUGUCCUGCUACGUGCACCGGAAGAUGGCGGUGGUGCGCCACCCUGGCAGCAAGUGGUACGUCUCGGAACGAGAGUAUCCCGACUCCCACUUCCCCGACUUCUGUUCGGGGUGGGCCUACCUGCUCGGGCCCUCGGCCGCCCGUCGACUGGUCCGCGCCUCCCGCCUCCUCCCCUACUUCUGGGUGGACGACGUCCACGUCACCGGCACCUUGGCCCGGGCGGCCGGGCUGAAACUGCACCCCCUGGACUCGCUGUACGCCCUGGACGCCGACUCGCUGGCCCGCUGGGCCCGGUCUCCGGAUCGACGAGACUGGAACUACGUCUUCGGCCCCACCCUGGGCGACCCGGAUCUGACCCUGCGGGCCCACUUGAAAGCCCUUCGAUGCGGCAUGGAAGGGUGCCGUCGGGGCCCGGAGCCCGGGCAGUGGGCCACGGUGGCGGCCCGCGGUCGGGCGGAGAGAGUGGACAUGGGUCGAAAUAUUCGUCCCGGGAAGGUAGUGUCGUCGUUCUCUUCCUUCUAG